AUGAAUUCCAAGUCGGCUGCGUGCUCGUCUAAUCCCUUUUCUUCGGAUGGUGGCGUUUCUCUUGGUAGCAAGCGGCCCCCGCCUCUUCUCUCCUCCCCAACUUUCACACCAAAGCAGAUGCAUAAUAUCCAGCCUCCAGAAGCUUUUCGAGCAACGCCAUGUGCUUUGCUGCGAAUCGCCAGCAAUGAAAACGAUAGGACCGUGGAUGAGUUUUAUUCUGAUCGUUCACGGCCCAGCUUGGGGAAUGCUGCUACUCGACCAACACCUUCGCCCAUUGGACGAUCUGAUGUGAUUAGAUCGCCAUCACCACAGCAGCUGAUAUCAUCCACCUCGUCUCCUUAUCGAGACCAUUUCCCCGAUUGUGUUGCUUCUGAUUUAAGUCAGCUUUCUCUAAGAAAAGAAAACGAUGGAAAAAAUGCGACCGCUUCCUCUAUCGCGGUUGGCUCAAAUAUUGGACGGCUCUCUCUUGCGAAUUCUAUUGCCAAUUCAAAUGCCAAUCCACUAAUGUCUUCGAGCCAUUCGAUGCGAAGAGCGUCUGUUGCUAUUGGACAACAAGGAUCAAAUCGAGUAUCUCUAAGCGGAACAGCAGCCCUUCCAACUGGCUUAUCGCAAGUUUCGUCAACGGGACUAAUGGGUCCUCCCCCAGGUAAGGAUCCGCGGCCCCUUAGGGAGAAAAACUUUCAAUUCUCCUGCAUCAAAUCUCUCAUAAAAUUUUUGUCCGAGUGCGGAUAUGACCGACCUCUGUCUCCAAAGCUGCUUUCUUCUCCAUCUGCAAAGGAUUUUGCUUCGAUAUUUAAAUUUUUAUAUGCUCAAUUGGACCCUACUUUCAUUUGGACGUCUGAUAAGAAAUUUGAAGAAGAAGUCCCGGUUUUAUUGAAGAGCUUAAGUAAAAGCCAUCUUUACGCAGUCGGAUCUAUGCAUGCAUGGCCCAGCCUUCUCGCAAUGCUACAAUGGCUCGUAGAUUUGAUCCUGUGCUGUGACCAACUGCAGGUAUCGGGUGCUCAAUCGAACGACCCCUCAAUGUUGGUAGCAGAUAUGGCUAUAGAUUCGCUGAACGGAAACAAAAUCAAUAUUGGAUCCAACUUUUCAUAUCUUUCUUCGGCCUAUCGCCUUUUUCUUUCAGGAGAUGAAAAUUAUGAGUUGUUGCAAACUGAACUCUCUAGCCACUUUUUGCUGAAAACUUCUUCCGUGGAUAAAGAGACUGAAAUUUUACACUCUGAAAUUGUUUGUUUGGAAAGAGAAAUUCAACAGUUGGAAGAUCGAGAGUUUCAAAAGCAUCUUGAUUCAAAGGCACAAAAGCUUCAUUCUGGGAUCCUUCACGUGCAGGCUCUAAUAUCAAGCACAGGUAUUUGUUACCACUCGUUAUGUUUUAAAAUAGAGGCGGAAAAGAUUGCUGCAUUGGAGUCCAAAUCAAAUCUGGAGCGCCUAGUUUCAACACAAAAGAUAUCCCCAGCGGAAGCAGAUAAAUUGCAGGCCGAAAAUGAAAACCAAUUAAAAACGCUGUCUUUACUGAAGGCAUCUAGGUCCGAAUGGACUAGGCUAGUGGCAUUUAGAGAAAAGGAAAAUAAUUCCCGGCUUGAUCAGCUUGCUGAGAGAUUGCAUCUUAUUCCCAAAGAUGCCAAGCACGCCCAUGGCAAAGAUUACCACUUGGAAGGUGGGUCUAAGGCCGCGGCUAUGUUGAGCAAAUCGCCCAUCACUUUGGAUCUGAAACAAGGGGUAGUUCCUGUUAUAUACGCACUUCAAGAUUCAAUGCUAUCUUCGCUUCAAACGAUCAGUAAUCACUUGUCAACAAAGUCUGAGGCCAUUUCUGCAUUAAAAGAUACCAUAGCCGACCGCCAAGAUGAACUGGUGCGCAUGGAGGAAAGUCAGUAUUCCAAUGAAAACGUCACACUUUCCGCUGAGAUAGACCAUUUGGAGGGCGAGCUUCUCAAAAUGAGAAGCGAAACCGCCAGAGGAUACCUCGCCUCACAACAGUUACUUCAAAAAUUCACACUUGAGUUUGACCAUUUAGUGGCAUCUUGCCUUGAAGAAAAAGAAAACUGUGCAAGGGAGGUUUUUUCUACGCUGGAACAGUGUAUUAAUGUAAAGUCACACAUUGAAAAUGUAUUUUCUACUUUUGAAAAGUGGUUGUUAGAACUACCUCAAAAAAAUACUGAUCCUAUCAAAUAA